GAAGGAAGAAACAGCACUACAAUUACCAGGUUUAUCCUAUUGGGAUACUCUGAAUUUUCAAAACUUGAAGUCAUCCUUUUUCCUAGGCAUCUCCCUCGUGACAGUGUUCUGGAAUGUCAACCUCAUCACUCUGAUCAAGAUGGACUCCUACCUGCACACACCCAUGUAUUUCUUUAUCAAUAAACUUGCCUUCUUAGAUAUUUGUUAUGUUUCCUCCACAGCUUCCAAGACGCUCUCAGAUUUCUUCAAGAAGCAGAAAUACAUCUCCUUUGUAGGGGGCACCAUGCAGUACUUCUUUACCUUGAGUCUGACUGAGUGCUUUUUCUUAGUAGCUAUGGCUUGUGACCGAUAUGCUGCCAUUUGUAAGCCUCUGUUCUACACCGCCAUCAUAUCUCCCAUCCUCUGUGUGCAGAUGGUUGUGAGAUCUCGUGUAACUGGAUUCUUUGGCUCAUUUAUCCAACUGUGUGCCUUAUUUCAGCUUCAUUUCUGUGGGCCAAAUGUCAUCAGCCAUUUCUUUUGUGAUCUUCCCCAGCUGCUGAUCAUAUUCUGCUCUGACACCUUUUCCUUUCAAAUCGGGACCUCUGUGCUCACAGUGAUCUUUGGACUAACAUCUGUCUUGGUUAUCAUGAUAUUCUAUGGUUAUAUUGCUGCCACCAUUCAGAUCACUUCAUCUGAAGGCAGGUCCAAGGCCUUCAACUUCUGUGCUUCUCACCUGAUAGCUGUGACUCUCUUUUAUGGCUCACGCACCUUGGUCUAUUUGUGCCCUACUUCUGAUGAUUUUCUGAGCCCAAACAAGCUGACCUCUGUUGUACACACUGUGGUGAUUUAA